AUGAAAUCGCUACUGUUGAAAGUCUGUAUUGCAGCUUUGACAGCAGCUAUUCUUACAUUUAUAGUUACAAAGCCUUCAAUAAUUAAACAGUCACAGAUGGGAAGUAGACUUGAAUCACCAAUUGUAAUAUUCGUGAACAAUCGUGUUCCAAAAUGUGGUAGUUCAUUGUUUAUGGAGGUCCUAACAAAAUUAUCUAAAUCAAUGGCUAAUUUCACGUUAAUACGGUCACGUGAUUAUAGCCACUAUCGUAUCGCUGCCCAAGAUCAGCAAAAACUAAAAGAAGUUAUAGUCAGCGAUGCACAGAACUCUAGUUCGCGGACGCUACUUUAUGAUCGACACUUUCAUUUUGUCAAAUUUGAAUCAAAACCAUCCAUAAUCUUUCAUUACAUUAACCAAUUACGGGAUCCACUACAACGAGCAUUAUCACAAUACUAUUAUGAACGCUACAUUUGUGACGUAAUACAUGUCUACCAAGCAUGUUAUAUGUUACAUCCGUCAUAUCAUAAUUUGACACUGGACACCUGUGUUGCUACUGGUGAUCCUGCUCGGUGUGUUACGAAGCCUUACGGCAUUCAUUCAUCUAUUGCUUUUUUUUGUGGUCAGGAAUCAAUAUGCGAUGAUACAGUGUCACCGCCAACUAGUGAAGCUGCUCUAUCUCUUGCUAAACGUAAUAUUGAACGGUACUACAUUCACGUCGGACUUGUAGAAUACAUUGAAGGUUCAUUAGAAUUACUCGAGCACAUUCAUCCAUUAUUUACCGGUAUUGUUCGCCUUUAUGGACAGAGUUUCAAUAGAACCCGUGUAUAUAAUACACCAGCGAAAUAUCGUCAUGCUGCGAGCAAUAAAACACGAGCAAUUAUCCGUUCACUUCUCCAAGCCGAAUAUGAACUCUACUAUUUCGUUCGGCAGCGCUUCAUCGAUCAUUACACUAGAGUCUUUCAAAGAGCACCUCUGUAUCAUCCACCUGGACAUUAA